AUGGGGAAGGACCAGGAGCUGCUGCAGGCGGUGAAAACCGAGGACCUGCUUACAGUGCAGAAGCUACUGCAAAGGCCCCGGCCAGGGAAAGCAAAGUUGCUUGGGUCUGCAAAGAAAGUGAAUGUCAACUUCCAGGAUACAGAUGGAUUUUCUCCUCUGCAUCAUGCGGCCCUCAAUGGGAAUCUGGAGCUCAUCACUUUGUUGCUGGAGUCACAAGCAGCUGUUGACAUCAGAGACCAGAAAGGCAUGCGACCAUUGCACUAUGCGGCCUGGCAAGGGAAGGCCGAACCCAUGAAGAUGCUCUUAAAAUCUGGAUCAUCUGUUAAUAUCCAGUCAGAUGAAGGACAAAUUCCUCUCCACCUGGCAGCGCAGCACGGACAUUAUGAUGUGUCUGAAAUGCUGCUGCAGCACCAGUCCAACCCAUGCAUUGUGGAUAACGCAGGCAAAACACCUCUGGACCUCGCCUGUGAGUUCGGCAGAGUCGGGGUUGUCCAAUUAUUGCUGUCAAGUAACAUGUGUGCUGCUCUACUGGAACCCAAGAAAGGAGAUACCACCGAUCCCAAUGGGACAUCUCCUCUACACUUGGCUGCCAAGAAUGGACACAUUGACAUUAUCAGACUGUUGAUCCAGUCGGGAAUAGACAUCAACCGACAAACCAAGGCGGGUACUGCCCUGCAUGAGGCUGCCCUCUGCGGCAAGACCGACGCGGUGAGACUCCUGCUGGAAAGCGGUAUAAACGCUACAGUGCGUAACACCUACAGCCAGACUGCGCUGGACAUCGUGUAUCAGUUCACUGCAACCCAAGCAAGCAGAGAGAUCAAGCAGCUACUCCGGGAUGCAUCAGCUGCUCUUCAGGUUCGAGCAUUGAAAGAUUACUGCAACAAUUAUGACUUAACCAGCCUCAACAUCAAAGCAGGGGAUGUCAUUACGGUGCUGGAGCAGCACCCCGAUGGACGCUGGAAAGGCUGUAUCCAUGACAACCGAACAGGAAACGAUAGGGUGGGCUACUUCCCUUCUACAAUGGUGGAGGUCAUCAGCAAAAGAACAGGUUUGGCCAGCACAGUCAUUUGCACUCAACAGUUUCAAAAGAUACCGCUGGUUGCCCCGGCGACGGUUGCCCCUGCCAACGUGGUAGUCAACGGCAACGACACCACGUUCCAUCAGAUCCAUAUCCUGCCUCCACCGCCUCCUCCUCCACCACAUUCCCAUCAGCCACUGCUUCCACUUUUCACUUCCUUUGGCUAUAACAGGUCGCCCGUGACAACCCCACAGGGAGACACCCCCACUGCCCCAGGUUGUCGUGGCUCAGAGGCAAGUCCUCACAGCUCCCCCACCACGUCCUGUGGGCCCCACGGAGGCUCCAACGAAGAGAUCUGGGUACUGCGCAAGCCUGUGGCAGGCGGAGACCGCAGCAGUUUAGGGAGUUCUAGCAGCGUGACCAGCGUGAGGUCAUCAGGCAGUGGUCAGAGUGCUGGAAGUGCUGCACAUAUCCUCCAUGCGCAGGCUGAAGGGGUUAAGCUUCUAGCCACAGUUUUGUCUCAAUCGACCAAAGCCAAGGAACAUCUGCUGGAGCAGUCCAAGUCAGUAGACCAGCCUUCAGGUUCUGCCAGUUCCUCUCGGACAUCGAGCCUAUCAGGCUGCCCUCUCCAUGAAGCGCCACCUUACGAUGCCACAAUGAACAGGAAGGGGGAGGCGCCAGGAGAUGGGAAGAGUUCAGAGGCAGUUUUCCAAUGGCUGAGCGACUUUCAGCUGCAGGUCUACGCUCCCAACUUCCUGGGUGCUGGUUAUGAUUUGCCCACAAUUAGCCAAAUGACCCCCGAGGAUCUGACAGCCAUUGGAAUAACUAAACCAGGUCACAGAAAGAAGAUGACAACAGAGAUUAAUAAACUGAGCAGCACAGAAUGGGUGCCUGAACAAAAACCUGCCAGUCUAGGAGAAUGGUUGUGUGCUAUUGGUCUAAGUCAGUACCACCAGGUAUUAGUACAGAAUGGUUAUGAAAACAUCGAUUUCAUCACAGACAUCACUUGGGAGGACCUACAGGAAAUUGGCAUUACCAAACUGGGCCAUCAGAAGAAACUAAUGCUGGCAGUGAAGCGACUGGCUGAAAUGCAACGCAAUUCAGAUGGGCGGGGCUCCCUCAGAAAGAAGCCCCCACCAAUCACGCAGCAGCAGGAAGUAAUGUCAAUGGAAGGCCCGCCACCAGAUGAUCUGAUGUCUCCUAAAAUGAGCACCUUCCAGGACAGUGAGUUGAGUAGUGAGCUGCAGAAUGCCAUGACCCACUCAGCUCAGGAGGUCAAAGCUCAGCCAGUGCGUCGUCUUAACAAGGAACCUGAUGAAAUGAACUCUGGAGGUGGAGGAGGACCACCCAAAAAGGAGGCAAGGACAAUGAGGCAGCAGAGCAGCCAAGGAAGCACCUCCUCUCACAGAAGCAGUGUGUCAUCUCAAGGCAAACACCGUCACUCCCACUCACAGCCCGCACCCCCCUACACACCUCCACACACUCCAACCAAGACCAGGAACUCGUCAUCUUCUUCCACCUCCUCAAUCCAGAGCACAUCAUCUCCCCAGUCCAAACACAGGGUGUCACCCCAGUUCAUCCAAGGUGAAGGACCUCUGUCGCCACGUUCACACGGCUCUCAGUCUCCAAACCAUCAUAGUGCUCCUGUCCUAUCUCCACAGCAGAAUCAAAUCCCCUAUCAGAACCACCCACAGGGGACUGGUGAUUGUACCCAAGCACAGGUCCCAUACCUCUGUCUCCCACCAGAAGCUGGGCUUGCAGAUGGGGAUGAAGCUGAUCCCUCUGCACACCAGAAAAAGCGUGCCAACAGUCUCAAUCGUCAUACUGCUUCGGAUGGCGAGUGUGACGAGAGGACUGUGUCUGGAAGAGGACGUGGUGGGGAAGGAACGAUCACCACAGGUCAAGGCUCCAACAUUAGAUCAGAAGAUGGUAAAUAUGCCACUGUCACCCACCGUGUCAGCCGCAGUCACUCUGUACGCAACCAGGAUAAAGCUCUUACUCGUAACCAGCCCCAGUCUAUUACUUUGCGCCAGAAGAAAAAAGGGCCACCCCCUCCACCUCCCAAACGCUCCAGCUCUGCGAUAUCGACCUCGAACUCUAACCUGACAGAAGGGAACACACCACUGCAAGUCGUGACUACCACUGAUGGAAUGUUGGAUGUGCCUUACCACCAACAACGACGGGCAAGCGACUUGGGAGUAUCCGUUGAAACGGGAACUGUGGAGACAAACAGCAUGGGAAGCGUGAGGAGCAUUGCUGCUAUGCUGGAAAUGUCUUCUAUUGGCGGUGGAGCCAAGGGGAUGGCACUACAGAAGAACUUCCUGCAGGCAGGGAAAACACGCGAAACCAUUGGUCUGGAUGGAGAAGUUGUGAACCGAAGACGGACCAUUAGCGGGCCCGUCACUGACCUAGUGGCAGCUGCAAAGCGCGACCAGCCGACACUAUCCGUCGUCUCCCAGCCUGAAUCCUCCUCACCCCCUGUAACAUCAUCGUCCCCAAAUCCCAGCCCCGGUGGAAGUGGUAGCUCUUCUGAAAACCUGCCGUUUGCAGAGGAGGGAAGCCUGACUAUUCGCCGACAAGGUCGCGAAGGACAGUGUGUAUUUUGUGUCUGUCUGCAGGGCGACGGCGAGGGAUCCCAGGGGGAUGGAGGUUACACUGAAGAAGACAUCUCCCGGGUGGAAGCCACUGCAACCUUAAAGCGACGGCCGCGCAGCUCAAAGACCCACCCGAAUGGCUCUGGCUUCACCCUCCAGGAGUCAUCCACCGUCAAACGGAGGCCCAAAAGUCGCGACAAGGAGCCAGAGGGCUACGCAGACGGAGAUGCCCCUGGUAGCGGAGUGCCAAACACCACACAGCCAGUACCUUAUCAAAAUGGCACAGCCACAGUGAAACGUCGCCCGGUGUCUGAUGUCGAAGUGACAGAGCAGCCACAGCCUCAACCCCAACCACUAACUCAACCAGAAGCUCAACCCCAAUCCCAAGUAAGUGCUGCUCCGAGAAGGGAAAGUUUGGACCAAGGAGUUCCAGUGGGCAAUGAAGAAGCUCCAGUGAAAAAACCUAAGCCUCCGGUUUCCCCGAAACCAUCCGUGGCACAGAUCAAAAGACAAGGGGGCCCACAGAACAGUCCGCAGACGGCCUCAAACAAAAGAGUGCCACUGCCGGGACCAGGGACACCUGGCAGUCCAGUGGAAGGAAAAAAGAUUCCUCCUCCAGUCUCUCCAAAACCUGCCCCCCCACCCACGGCGCCAAAGCCAGCCAAACUGAUCCACUCCAUGACCAGCCCCUGUUCCCCGACCUCGGCCACGCCUCCGGCAAAGCUGCACCACGCAGUAGCCAGGCAGACCAGCUCGCCACCCUCACUUCCGAAUUCCAACACCCCCAGCCCACCAAACGUGAAGUUACCAAGCCCGUCCGCGCAAAGUCCUCAUACCCCGCAGACCCCCACCACGCCGCAGACUCCUCAGACACCUGCCACUCCCAGCCCGCCAGUCAAGCCUCCUCGCUCCUCCAUAGGAGGUGUAUCUGUUGACAGUGGGAUGACGGCGGUAGGAAUGAAUGCGCCGCUAUCGGCGACGACAGACUUUGGGGUAGAUUCUUUGGUGCAUCAGAAGCUGGAGGAGACGAGUGCAUCGCUAGCUGCUGCCCUGCAGGCUGUUGAGGACAAAAUACUGCGGCAGGAGGAUUCCGUGACAGAGCAGAAGACCACCGUGAGCAUCCUCGACGACAUCGGCAGCAUGUUCGACGACCUGGCCGACCAGUUGGACGCCAUGUUGGAGUAA